AUGUGUUACGUUAUUAUAACCGGGCGGAGUUUGGCCUGGCUUUUAUUGAGCUUGGUUGCUUUUAUGCUAAUUUUAACCGGUAUUAUGACGCCCAAGUGGCUUUUGGGCCAGCCAGUUAUAACGAAUGAGAAUAACAUGACCAAAUUUUAUGUCCCCAGUGUCGGAAUAUAUAACAGAUGUAUCCGAAUGCGUCACGAUCAUUAUAAUUGCGCUCCGUUCUCGUUAUAUGGCUUAGCAACGGACUCCGCAGUUUACCCUGGCCCGUGGAAAGCAGCAUUAUUCUUUUUAUCAUUGUGUGCGACGGUACAAUUUUCAACAGUAUUAGCUGGUGUAAUGUCGUGUUGUGUUCAAUCAGUGUUCAAGAAGAGUGUUAUAUCUUUGGCUGGGGCUGCUCAAUCUUUGGGAGGUCUUUUUGGUGUUUUGGGUCUACUUUUAUACCCAUGGGGCUGGGGUGCACCGAGAGUUAAAAGACUUUGUGGUGAAUAUUCAGAACCAUACAUUCCCGGUGACUGUUCCAUUGGUUGGGCAUUAUGUGUGACAGCAACUGGUGUUGCACAGAUAUUCCUUGCGAGUGCAUUAUCAAAGACAGCUGAUAAAGCGGCUAACUCAGAUAAAGUGCAGUUCCAAAUGGAUGAAGGUAAACAACUUAUAUGUUUAGUCUGA